CACAUACACACAUACACACACGCACGCACACCUGCACGUACACACACACAUACGCACCAGAGGGAAAGCAGACAUACAGAGAGAGACCAAGCAGGUUCCACCCGACCGACCAUGUUCUUAAGAUAAUAAUGUGCACAUGUCUGCCAUCCCAGUGUCUGAACUGGGCCUCAACUCGAGCGAGAGCAGAUAUCUCCAGCAGCAAAUUGCCGCCUCACAGCAAGGCUCCAAUUCGUCGCGCGCUGCUUCUCACGCCUCUAGCCAGGGCCGUCUCCUCCUGGAUCCUUCUAGUUUGCAGGCGCUCAGCGCCCAUUUUGAUCGACUGAUGUAUUCGAUUCAGCAGCGCUGGCAAUACCUCACCCAACAGACCCAAACAGCAACCCAAAUGCAAUAUGACCGCGCGGGCAACGCAAUGGCAAUAGCCGACGCGGAAAUCGCCCGCUUCCGCGCCAUCCUCCGCGAAAUCGACGAGCUCGAGGUCGAAUUCGACAAGGUCCGGCGCAUUGGCGAAAUCGUAAAAGGCUUCAAGGCCCGCGUGGAUCGCCUUGAUCGCCGCAUAUAAAUCUGGGGGACCCCCUCCCUAAACACCGAAACAUGUCUCGGCGAUCCCCACCACCCCACAUCUUUCUUUUCUCUUUGGCCUUCAAUUCAGUCUCGCAUACUAUGCCGAGAUUAUAAAACAGACUACCCAAUGUCCUCGCGGACGCAACCGGAUAUUUCCUAUCCCAUAUGCCUCUUUUGUUAAACUGGAAUGCCUCGCGGCUACUAGGCGUUUUUUUUUCUGGCUUCCACUUCGGCUUCCAAUUCUAAUUCCUUUUGUAACUUGCUACUUCUUUUUUUCUUGCCAGGAAAAUACCACCGACUUCUUCCUUUGCCUUUCUCCGAAUUAUAUCGAUUAUUCG